GUCAAAGUCUUGUUGCGAGACCAGCUGUCUGUAUAUUUCUCUUGUUUAAUUUAAGUAGGUAAAUAAACAUAAAAAAAAAGAUGAACGAAGAAAUAGACGAAUAUAUUUACCACCAGGACUUUACUACAGUAUCCGAGUGGGAAGUAUUCAUUGCACGGAUAGAGGAGAUUCUUAAUGAGUGGAAGGUGUCUAAAUCAAAAAUUUCUAAUCCUUCAGCAGAAUACACAAAGAAGUGGGUGUGCAAAAGUGAAGAUUUCAAUUUUCAAGGCCUUAGUUUUGUGCUGUCUUAUCAUAGCUUGGACCCCGUUGAUAAAAGUAAAGGCGAACAGUCCAAUGACAAAACAUUACGUGAAGACAUACAAAAGGGACUGUGGGUAGCUACAUCCCACUUUAUGGACGAUAGUGACGGUAGUCCAUUCCCUGUGUCUAAUUGGUUUGGUUUAAAAAGAUAUCUCAUGCUUUGCCCGAACUCUCCUAUGUUGGAUGGCAGUUUAAUUAAGCUGGUUAUGAGUUCUGUAAAUAUUGCAUUUGCAAAUGUUGAUUGCGGGCUGCCAUUGUUUGUAAAAAUCAGAGAGCAUUGGCAACAGAGCUAUUUAGGAUUUUAUGAGGAUAGUGAAUACAAAACAAGUUUUGAUACUAUCCAUCUGAAACGCAUAUCAAAUCAAUGCUCCCAUCUCAGUGGUCUUACAAGCUUAUUUAAGUCUAAAAUUGCUUCUCCUGUAGCACUGGAUGCGGUGGUAGCAUCUGCUAAGUAUUCGUAUGAAUUAAAAGACUGUGAUGCAUUUGUUUGGAAAAGGACUAAUCACACUAAUGAGUUCCUGUCUGUGGACGGUUUUGAUGUAAAAAAGUUAACUGAAUUGCCUUUUGGUUCUGAUAAGAAUCCUAUACAUAGUGUUUUAUUGAAUGCAAUUUGGCCAAAGUUCCGAGAAUGCACUAUAAUUGAAUCAUCAAGUUAUUCUGACAUUGAUCCUUUAAUGGCUCCUUCUUGGACUCUGACACUUAAAAUGAGGGAUAAGAUUGAUUGUCAAUUAUCUGAGACUAUAUCUAAAAUGAUGGAUUUACUUGGCAAUGAUAAUCUUUUAAUGGACACCCUAGGUCUGAGUAGAAGUUUAGGGUUGGUGAAUCCACUGCACAAAAUCACUGAAGCACCCAUAACUAUUUCAAAACUGGUGAAGGCUGCCAUAGGCCAGGGGUCUAAUAUCUCUGAGUUCAAAGGCCCAAUAUCUGAUGACUUGUUGAUGCCACUAUUGUAUUAUGUGUUUCCUGAUGCUGUUGAGGACAGUACUUUCAUUUACCCUCAAAAGUUGGAGGUUGAAUUUAAGUCCGAUGGAGGUGAACCAAAAUUAUGUGGCUAUGUGAAAACAAGUCCAGAGGGUGGUCUGGUGUGGAGGCUGUCGGUGACGGCUGCCCGACUCCACGACGCGGGAGGAUUGUCGUACUUGGCACACCUCUGGUAUGAAUUUACUCAGGAGUUGCAGUACAGAUGGGAGCACCGGAUAUUUGUGCCAGGAAUCGCAAAAGGAACACCGAACGCUCGAACGUGCCUUCUUCACCAGAAACUCCAAUUGUUGAACUGCUGUAUCGCGCGGGCAAAGGAAAGCGCGGCGGGCGAGACCGCCAAUUCGAAGAGCAACUCGUCCGAAGACGAGUUCUAUGACUGCUCUGAAGGUGACGAGGCGAGUGACCAGCCUCUUUGGGAUAGACCUGUCGGGAGACUACAUAGACUUGGUGAAGCAACCCUUAAAAACGGAUCUCCGCUCUAUGUGCCUCUUACUCAGGAUCCGGCCCCAAAGACCGAAGACCAACUGGAAGAAGACGCCGAGCUGAUGGUUCGUCUUGGAGACGAUGCUAGAGCUUCAGAGCUACGAGCGCGAAUGAUGAGCGCCUCCUUACUUUCUGACAUGGAGGCCUUCAAGGCCGCAAACCCUGGUGCAGAGCUCUGUGACUUUGUUCAGUGGUACUCCCCACGAGACUGGAAACCGGACGAUGGCGGUGCUUUAGGCGAUCGAAUGUUACUACCAGGGAAUCCCUGGGUAGAAACUUGGAGUGUGGCUCGUCCCGUUCCCGCAGCAAGACAACGUAGACUAUUCGACGAGACCCGAGAAGCAGAACAAGUCCUUCAUUUCUUACGUUCUCGAAGUGUCAGUUCGGUAUCAGAACUCUUACUACCAGCUAUACUCAGAGCAGGCGCGUCGAAAGCGGUGGAAGAAGGGGUUCCGGGUGGUAGCACAUGUGUCGGUGGAGUAGACAAGAGACGCACUUUUGAGAUAGCUGCGCGGGAGAUUUACGAAGCUGAGAAAGAGGCAUGCAGGUCCCUGUGUGUUCGUGCUGUGUUUGGGGGAAGCGAUGAAGGGAAGCCGCUAGAUGUGGAAGGGAGAUCGAGGAUUCUGAAGGCGGCCGGCGGAGCCCUGCCCCCGCCGACUCGGCGUGAGUUUACCCUCAGGGUGGAAGAUUCUAUCGCCCCCCAAGUGAUGCGAGCCGCUCUUGCCACAGAUAUGACCAUUAUAGGAGCCUUCACCGAGAAAAUUGUGUGCUUGUAGCAGUUCUCGGGUCUGUAGAGACACGUCUUACUAUGCAUUUCGGACGUUUUAGUGUAGUUUCUUAAUUAAUAUAUUUUAAUAAGUGGUGUUGAAUUGUUGAUAGUUUAUCAGUUUUAUAAAUUGGGUCGUUAAAUUUUAAUGUACAUAUUCAAUUAUCGUGCAUGUUAGACUAAGUAAAGUAUGUCAUGUUAUUAGAUAUUUAGAAAUAAAUGUCUUUUGAACACGUAGGUUAAUUUAUGAGGUUCGCUAGCAUUCUUAAGUUUUUUUUUUCAAUAUUUAUACAUAUACUCUUAAAUAUGCAAUGAUUAGGUUUGCUUGGUGAAACUCUUUUGUCCUUGAUUCGACCAAUUAUUCGAAGAAAUUAUACGGAUCAAUUUAGUCGUUUUAUAUAGGAAAGUUUAUUCAUUUCACAGUCCAGAACUCCAGAGUCAUACAUAAAAACAAUCAUAAUUUUGGUGUAAUUCCUUCCGGUCAAAUAUUGAAGACAUGAUUCAGUGAAUGCUUGAAAAAGGGUCCUCAUUGUCAUUGUCAUGUUUAAUUUAUAAACCGUAACCCGGCUACAGAUGUUAUGAGGGUUUUGAAAUAAUGCAUACCAAUAAUAUGUGAUUGUUGAAGCGAACUAACCCACUGAUACCUCAAUUAUUCAAACCGAAACUGAGUGUUACAUUUACACCUUAGACAUGUUCGGGACUUAUUGUGACUACGAGUAUCAUUGAGUUAAGUGUGUAGAAUCUCAUGCGUUAAAUAAAAGAACUUUUUCGUUUAUCUCACGAACCACAAAGGAUAAACAAAGGUCUAUUUUACCGUCUAAUUCAAAGUUACAGGGAUCAGUUUUAUUUGCGGGUUUAUGCGUGUCUCAUUGGCGUUAAUGAAAUAAGGCAGAAUAUACGAGCAGUCGCCUCAUCUUUACGGAACUCGUGAGCGGACUCUUGACGUCAUAUUUGUGAUCCUUGUGCUAUCACUGGCCGCGUAUCACUGUCUUCGCGGUAGAAUCAAAUCACCGGGGCGUAUUUCAGUGCUAGCGGUAUAUUGCGGUGUCAAUUUGAUGAACGGGUGUGCGGUGUUCUUCCGAGCGCGUAAUGUAGGAGUGGGCGCGAGGCGGUCGGUCAGCUCGUGGAAGUCGCGGCGCAUGCGCGCGGCAGGCGCGGCCGGGAGCCUCGCGAGAUCGCUCAGUGGCGCGGCGGGAUGGCCGGUCGAUUCCAGGGCGCGCGCAAAUACUCCAUCCUCUGCAAAACCGAAUGAACCGUAAAUACUAUGUAAAUCUGUUUUAAUCUUUAAUACCAUAUAAGGAAUGUUAAUAGUUGUAGUGACUUGUUGCAACUAUUUGUUCGGAAAUCAGCGAUAGUUUCUCGGACCGUAGCCGGGGUAUUUAUGACAGAAACAUGGGACAUAUCUGGACACCUGUCAUUUGAUAAGAAAGCUCUCAUUGGAAUGGAUUUUGAUAAUCCCCGUGAUUAGGUCAUUAUUAAUUAGUGUACUCAGUUGUGACUCUGGUAUGGAAAUUGUUUAAAAUUCCUUAUAUCUCUACUGUCUGUUAUGUGCUGUUAAAAAACUGAAGCAAGCAAUAUGAUGAAUAUACCAUUGGAUCCAGCAAAGGUGAGUGGGUAUACCUACUUAGUAUGUAUAUUUUUUCUUUUAAAUUAAUAAAAAAAAUUAAAGCUAGGUAAGACAUAAAUAUUACUUUCCAUGUUUCAAUAUAUAUUAAAAAUAAUAAUGUCAAUUUGAGGUGGGCUUAGAUUAAUUUAGCAUGUCGGUACUGAAUAGCAUUGUUGAUUAUACUGUACUUGUUAUCGACUAUUGUUCAGGUAUUAGAAAUAACAUUUUGUGACUUAGGUACUACUAAAUUUUACGGAAGAUAGUCGGUUAAUUAUUUAAAUCUAACUUAUGAAAAAUUGCCGCUUGUUUUAUAAAAUCUUAAGAAAUGUUGCCGAUGUAGUUAUAUUUGUAGAUAACUUCUGUAAGAAUCUUGUUACGCUUGUCGCCUUUGUAAUUUUUUAAAUUAAACUCGGAACAUUCCAUGGAUAUAAUUUAGGUACCUAAUCAAUAUGUCAUCGGUUACUAAAUGCAAAAGCACUACCAAAACUAUAAUAUAAAAAUGAAAAAUGGCCUGUUGUUUUUUAAGAUAUCCAAAUCCAGCAGAAGAAAAUUAAUAUCUUUAAUAUUAUUCUUUAUUAAUACCUAUCUCAAAACUAUUUUUCCUUGGAGGGAAUCUCUCCUUGAUGAUGAUGAUGGAUUUUUAUAAGGAGAAGAAAAAAGAGUAAUAUUAUGAUUUUUGAUGUAUCAGUUUGCAUUUGAAUGCCUUUUUUGAUCGAAAGCCUAACUGACAUGAUGGUUAAUACUUAAGUUAUAUCUGAUGGUAAUCACUUCACCGCAUUUAAGCCAAGUAUUUAGGUAGGUACGUACGAAUGAAAGCGCCCGCUUAAAAAAGUAUUUUAGCUAAACAUCAUGUUACGUAUCAUUAGGGCGCAUAUCGACUUUUUUCAAAAUGUAAUAGACCUUCUUCAUAUUUGCAAGGCUUAACUACUGACUUUAAAUUUUAUUUGUCAUGUAGUCGUUAGUUUUAUAUCUGUCAAGAUUUCCGUAACUACUUUAUAUACUUAUAUUAUCAGAAUGAGCGUAAAUGACACGAAAUUUUGUUAAGAUUACAUUAAAUUGAACAUUUUGUUAUUCA